AUGGAAGGAGAGCUUUAUUCUGCUCUCAAGGAGGAAGAGGCCUCGGAAUCGGUUUCCAGUACAAACUUUAGUGGUGAAAUGCACUUCUAUGAGCUUGUGGAAGACACAAAAGAUGGGAUCUGGCUGGUACAGGUCAAUGAAUGGUCCUUGAAGAUAAGGAAAGAAAUGAGAGUGAUUGAUAGACAGAUCAGAGAUAUCCAGAGAGAAGAGGAGAAGGUGAAGCGGUCGAUAAAGGAUGCUGCCAAAAAGGGUCAGAAGGAUGUGUGUGUGAUCUUGGCAAAGGAACUGAUCCGCUCCCGGAAGGCCGUAAGCAAACUCUAUGCAUCCAAAGCUCACAUGAACUCUGUUCUCAUGGGGAUGAAGAACCAGCUUGCUGUCCUGAGAGUAGCAGGUUCAUUGCAGAAGAGCACAGAAGUCAUGAAAGCUAUGCAAAAUCUCGUCAAAAUCCCUGAAAUCCAAGCAACGAUGAGGGAUUUGGCCAAAGAGAUGAUGAAGGCUGGUAUCAUAGAGGAGAUGCUGGAGGACACCCUGGAGAGCCUGGAGGAUGAGGAGGAAAUGGAAGAGGAAGCCCAGAUGGAAGUUGACAAAAUCCUUUUUGAAAUUACAGCCGGGGCCUUGGGUAAAGCACCCAGCAAAGUCACGGAUGCUCUGCCGGAGCCCGAGCCCAUGGGAGCGGCCGCUGCUGUGGACGAGGAGGAAGACAUCGAAGCGAUGCAGUCGCGGUUAGCGACCCUCCGGAGCUAAGGGUGACGCCCUCCUGUACAGUUUGCCUUUCUUUUUUGUUCUUUUUUUGCAAUGGGAUAUUCUGUGUGACCUUCAAACUGCAAAACUUAAUAUGUGAGAAUACUUUAUGUAAUAUAU